UUUUCUUUUCUUUCUUUUUUUUUUAAAAAAAAAAAUUCAUUAUUUUGAUAACAGGUCAAUUACACAUGGCAACAUCUUAGAGCCUAAUCACAUCGAACUACAUGGAAACAAUGGUGUAACGCAUAACAUUAGAUCCAAUUAAUACGAAUUACGAAGUUUCUUACCAUUAAAGUAUUAAACUUAAUCAGAAAAAAAAAAAAAAAAAAAAAAAAAAGAAAGAAAGAAAGAAAACGGAAAUAAACCUGAGGGCGGACAUUUGAAAGCAGAUCAGAUAUAACCGUUAGAGAAAGGGCACGAGCCCAAGAUCAACGGUUCUGAUUUACUAGCCGUUAGUUUCAAAAAUUUAUUCGCCGACAUAAUUUAAUCAAUUUGCCAUAUUUUUCUGUUCGUCAAUUUCAUAGUAAUUUUUUCUUCUUCCUUUUUUUAAUUUUUUUUCUUUAAUUUCCUCUCUUUUUUUUUAACUUCUCGUUUAUGAACCCUAAAAUUUCGAAAGAGUCUUCCUUAUUUGAAAGAGAGAAUAUAGAGAGAGAGAAUAAGAAUUACACCCCCCAAUUUCUUCAAUCUUAAUUUGAUUUUAAAAUGGGGUUUGAAUUUUUCUGACUCAUUUCUUUCUCUCACUUCUUCAAUCAAAUCUGGGAAGAAAAAAAACGGACUAUUUGAUUUGAACAUUAAUUCUUGAACAUCAUUAAAUUGUUGUUUUUGGAAGAAGAAGAAGAAGAUGGCGGGAUCAGAUGAGAACAAUCCGACAAUAAUCAAUCACUCAAUUAUUCAAGGAGGGUUGCAAGCAAGAAGUGGAAAGGUAAUGCCACCAAUUGGGCAUAAUAGGAGGGCAUUGAGGGACAUUAAUCGCAACAUUAUUGGAGCUCCACUUAAUAAUCCUUGUGCAAUCAACAAAAGAACCAUUUCUGAGAAAGAUGAUGGUUUUGGAAAGAUUCCGGCAAUUCUCGGUCACCGCCCGGUUACUAGGAAGUUUGCAGCGGAGAUGGCUAAUACACAGCAUUAUGUGAUUGAGGAGAUCGAGAAACCACUUGGAUGUGAAACAAGUGCAAGAGAGGAGCUAAAUGAUUGUGAGAUUAUAGAUGUGGAUGAUUAUAAGGUGAGUAAUGAUACAUCUGUACCAAUGUUUGUGCAACACACUGAAGCAAUGCUCGAUGAAAUUGAUCGUAUGGAUGAAGAAGUUGAAAUGGAGGAUAUUGAUGGGCCGAUGCUGGACAUUGAUGGGUCAAUAUUAGACAUUGAUAGUUGCGAUCAGAAUAAUCCGCUAGCAGUAACCGAAUAUGUUGAUGAUAUCUAUACCUAUUACAAGAAAGUGGAGAAUACUAGUUUUGUUCCUUCAAACUAUAUGGACAGGCAACCUGACAUUAACGAAAAGAUGAGAGCCAUUCUCAUCGAUUGGCUAAUUGAGGUCCAUUACAAGUUUGAGCUCAUGGAGGAGACGCUAUAUCUGACAGUCAACCUGAUUGAUCGCUUUUUAGCUCUUAAGCCGGUGGUGCGAAAGAAGCUCCAACUAGUAGGUGUAACAGCUAUGCUUCUGGCAAGCAAAUAUGAAGAGGUAUCAGUUCCAGUUGUUGAAGAUCUUAUACUGAUAUCUGACAAAGCUUACAGCAGGCAAGAAGUACUUGACAUGGAGAGACUGAUGAUCAACUCCUUACAAUUUAAUUUGUCGAUUCCAACCCCAUAUGUCUUCAUGAAACGAUACCUUAAAGCAGCUGAAGCAGACAAGAAGAUCGAACUCCUGUCGUUCUUUUUGAUCGAACUUUGCUUGGUGGAGCAUGAAAUGCUGAGAUUUCCGCCUUCUCUUCUAGCAGCAGCUGCAGUAUUCAGUGCUAUGUGCACUCUGAGUGGGUUUAAGUAUUGGAGUAAGACCUGUGAGUGGCACACUGGUUAUCCUCUAGACCAAUUGAUGGAAUGCUCCAGGCUGAUGGUUACUUUCCAUCAGAAAUCUGCAACGGGAAAACUUACUGGUGUGCAUCGGAAGUACAGCACAUCCAAAUAUGGGUACACUGCAAAAUGCGAACCUGCUCAUUUUCUCUUAGAGAUUGGAUUCAGCGGGUGGACAUAGGACCCUUGUGGUUGAGUUGAAUAAAUCCAACAUUUUGUGGGAGUCUGGCGCAAGGGCUUCAAAGUCACUGAAGUUACGCCUCUCCUGCUUGAACAUAUUUCCUUGCUGGAUCAUUGUGUUAAUUUCCCUGUCCCAUAUUAGGAUCGAAAUGCUUUCCUCUGAAAGCCAUCUUUAAGACAAACUCAUCAUCUUGUAGUUUGUGUCAUAGUCAUUCACUGUGAUUAUGUUAUAAAAUUGCUGCUUUGUUCCAAAA